CAGGCGCAUCAAAUUGACCGGCAUACUUCGAAUAAUGUUUGGGAAAGGUGUAGUGUUUGUUGUUGUGAUAUUCACAAUAAAAGAUGCAUUUUGUCAUAUUGAUUACUUUGAUUUGAAUUCGAUAAAUGCCGUUUGGACUGUGGAGAACAAAAAUGGGAGUGAGAAAAUCAAGGCCACAGUGCCGGGAGGAAUUUACUCGGAUCUACAAAACGCGGGGGUGAUUGGGGAUAUCUUGAGCGGUUUCAACGACGUUCUCACGCGGUGGGUUGCCCACGAAACUUGGACUUACACAGGCAAAUUUAAUGUGAGCGAAGAGUACAUGAGAGCAACAACGGCGCAUCUGGUAUUCCACGGGCUGGACACAAUCGCGUCGGUGGAGCUCAAUGACGUCACGGUCGGAACCACCAACAACAUGUUUGUAAGGUACCUGUUCGACGUGAAACAGCAUCUGAAGACAGGGGAGAAUGUGCUGAAAGUGUCCUUCACAUCGCCCAUAGAAGCAGCUCAAGAUUUGUCCGAGAACCAUUUCACAGCUCCGAGUUGUGUCCCGGAGAAUUACAAUGGAGAAUGUCAUGCUAACCAGCUGAGGAAGAUGCAGGCUUCCUUCUCAUGGGACUGGGGACCGGCGUUUCCCUCUGUUGGUAUCUGGAAACCAGUAGUGCUUGAGUUUUACAAUAGUGCCAUAAUAAGAUCCGUUACAACACGGACAGAGAAUAGGGAUCAGAAGUGGCAUCUUAACGUAAAGGUUUACUUAGAAUCUAGUAGGAGUUCCAAACAGAUUGAAGGGCGCCUCUUUGCGUCGAUGCUAGUGGAAGGUAAACAAAUGAUAUCAGUUGGAAAAGACGUAGCCGUCCAGAGUAAGGAAGAUGGAACUGCUGAAGUAGACAUGGAAAUGAGUAUAAGCGAGAACUCUAUCCGGCGAUGGUGGCCUAAUGGUUAUGGCGACCAGCGAUUGUAUAGAUUGUCCGUUAUUUUCACUAGCACUAAGGAUCGAUUCGAGUUAUCAAAAAAACAAUUAAAGGUUGGAUUCCGAACUAUUGAAGUGAUUCAAGAGGAUGCUUCUAGGAUUCUUGGUAACACGACGUCUGGCAAAGGCUUGACCUUCUACUUCAAGAUUAAUGGGUACCCUCUGUUUAUGAAGGGGUCUAACUGGAUUCCCGCUCACAUCCUGCCGGAACGUGGAGAUGACAAGUCAACAGUGGACGGGCUACUAACAGCGGCACGGGACGCACACAUGAACAUGCUCCGAGUGUGGGGAGGUGGAGUCUACGAAUCGGACUACUUUUAUAAUAAAUGCGAUGAGCUGGGUAUUCUAAUUUGGCAGGAUUUCCUCUUCGCAUGCUCUAUGUAUCCUGCUUAUCCGGAGUUUUUAGAUAAUGUAAAAACAGAGAUCGAACAAAACGUACUUCGCCUUCAGAGUCACCCUUCCAUUGCAAUAUGGGCCGGGAACAACGAGAAUGAAGUGGCGCUGAGAGGAAACUGGUAUGAAACUCAACCCCAGUUCGAGAAAUACAAAAAUGAGUACAUCAAACUAUAUGUCGAUACUAUAAAACCAAUUGUGGCUGCGUUGGACGACAGGGAGUACUUAGUCUCAAGUCCAUCGAACGGCGUGGAAUCAGAACAGGAGGGAUACAUCGCGGAGAAUCCUUACGACCCUUAUUUCGGAGACACGCACUACUAUAACUACGUGGCCAACAACUGGGACAUGAACAUCUAUCCCCGAACGAGAUUCGCAUCAGAAUAUGGAUUUCAGUCGCUGCCAUCUAUAGCCACGAUGAGAACCGCGACCACAAAUCCUGAGGAUUUCAAACUAGAUAGUAGAUAUUUGAACCAUCGGCAGCACAGUCCGGACGGGUACAUCUUCAUUCAUGACCAAAUGCAUAAAAAUUUGAAACUCAAAGAGGCCAACGAUACGAAGUAUUUUGAGAAAUUUGUUUUUUACAGUCAGAUCACACAAGCUAUAGCUAUGAAAGCGGAGACAGAGUUCUACAGGCAGGAGCAGGCGCACUGGUACACCAUGGGAGCGUUGUAUUGGCAGCUGAAUGAUGUUUGGCAAGCGCCCUCCUGGUCUGGAAUUGAAUAUGGUGGAAAAUGGAAGAUGCUGCACUAUUAUGCUAAAUGGUUUUUCGCUCCCGUCUUGGUGUCUCCGCGGCUCUUGUUGAGCGGGGACGUGGAUGUCUACCUCAUCAACGACAGAUUCGUGCCCAUAGUCGAAGCGCAGAUCAUUGUGGACUAUUUCAACUAUAGUAGCCUGGUGCCUGUUUUCACACAGACGUUCCCAGCAAACGUAGGAGCGUUGUCGUCUAAAAAGCAAGAUUUUGGACUAUCGACAUGGGUAGCGGGCGAUGAAACCUUCUUGAGGUUUAGUCUGAGAGCUGAGGGUGUGCCGUCGUCACCGUACAACUAUUUGUUCCCGAAACCACUGAAAUCUGUUGUAGGACUGAAGAAACCAUACAUACUGAUCAGCGUACAGAUGCGAAAACAUGAAAAUAAGAAAUACCCAGGCAAGACUAUCUACCCCGUGGACAUAAAGGUCAAUACAGUGGUACUGUUCCUUUGGUUGGAAACAAACGCAAGGUUUAGUGCACACCACAGAGGUUAUUUUGAAGAAAAUGGCCUCAUAGUGACGAAACCCUACUAUAGGGUAAACUAUAUUAGCGAUGACAUAUUGAAACCUAAACAAAUUGAGGACGCCAUUACCUACCAAUAUUAUUUACACUAGUUUCUAAGUUUUCUUGUAAGCAAAAUAUGCUCUAUUAUGAUAAGUUACCUAUACGAAAUAAGAAUCACUUUUCUUUUAUUCAUAAGUUUGCAUACGUGUCGUACGAGAGCAACAAUGUUUUGUUCAGGUACCGCGUCGGUGUAGUGUGUGUAUGUGUAGUGUGUAACACAUGGUACAUGACCGCCCAUUGUGCUCUUGUACUACGGCGUACAGUCUGCCUAAAACGAGUAGAAAAUGAGGAUGCUGUAUCUUCUUGGCUGUCGAAACUGAGUGUUUAUCAAGCUAUGUUGACCAUUCUAUUUGGUAAAGCAAUGACAAAAAUUUAGUUCGGUAAAAUUACGUUUUCUUUUUUUAUAGUCAGACUCACGGAAUAAUAAAGUCAGACUGUACUUUACGGGAUGCUUAGGAUCCAUGUGCGAACGACCUUACGUUUUUACUUUCGAGGAUAUCGAUUUUUGUUUACAAAACAUUUUGCCAUAUGUACUUUUCUUACUAACGCUUGUUAUCAUUAUUUUGGCAUCUUCGAGUGUUUUUACUUUUAUAUAAGUCGUGAUAAAGUCACGAUAAGUUACUAUAUAGAUAUUAACACGGAUCCUUCUUAACGUGCAUCUAAAAAUAGGUGAACACGUAUUGUUGAUUAAAAGCAUGUGCAUCUUUAGGGUUCGGUAUCUUAAUAACAACAGAACCCUAGUAUUAGCAACGUUAAGGGGCGUGUUCUGAAAUAAAAUACAUUGAUAGCAAACGAAUACAUUUAUUUUCAGUUUAUAAUGCGAAAAUGCGUGCGGUAUUACCAACUAAUAAAAUAACAUGCAGCAAUGUAUAUAAAAAUAAUCUUUGGACGAUUCUCUCGAACUGGUAAGGACUUUGUUGAAUUUAAAUAAUAAUACAAUAUUCUUAUGUUCCUAUUUGUGAGAGUCACUUCACUGUUUGAAAAAUUAAAAGUUUUUUGAACAGUUUUUACAGCUCCAUAGAAUUAGUAUAAAAAAUUGCGCCACGUUCAAAUAAUCUUCAAUUAAAACCUGACAAAGUUUAAAGUAAUAAUAGCAGCAAGUACAUAUUCAAACACACGUAAUGCUUACAUAUAUAUUUCGUCAAUAUUUUAUCAUCAUUUUAUACUAUAUUAAUGACUGAGGAUUUUAUAAUUUUAAUUUCACAUAUGCACACAGACGUGUUUAUUAUUAUAAUAAAUUUAAAAGAGAGCAAUUUCUGUUUUUAGGAAUAUUCGUUUAAUCGACUUAUUUACUAAUUAGAUACAAAUGUAAUGUUGAUUUUACAAAUCUUAUAAAAAUCGUAAAAAUUCUUAUCAGUUUUAAAACCACGGAACACAGAAAACAUGGAAAUAUGAAGUAGGCGUGUCACGCGUGUCAAUGUUUGCGAUUAAUCGCCGGCAAGGACUUCGGAACGCCGCCGAAGUCGUAUCCACCCUUAAACUUAGUCAAACGAUUGCCUCGAGCUGUCCUUUGUUUUUAUUAGUUUCACUGCAAAUAUGACCUUGUGUGCUAUGGCAGAGUAAACUCUGUGUACAGUGAAGGUGUUUUUUAGCUUAGUAGUCUGUUUGAUUUGGGCUAUUUUGGAUUGAAGAUAUGCGACAUGUUUGAUGUGUGCAUUUGGCGACACCUGUACUGUGAAUAAGUUGGUCUUUAACACUUCCAUGGAUUUCUGCAUUCCGUGAUUAAAUCAAUAUGCAUUUAAGUGUUUAGUCCCAUCGAAUAUUAUUCUUUGAAUAUAUUAAUUAUGAUAAAUAAUAAUACAAAAAGGCGCACUCUAUUUUUAUUAUUAAUGAGAUUGUUUUAGAUAAUGUAUUAAGUAGUUAAAUUUGUUAAAAAUAGUCAACUUAAUAACUUAUUAUUGAAUAUUACUAAUAAAUACAUACAUUUACUCAA